AUGAAUUUCCAACGUACUGAUUUAUAUGGUGGAGCAAUAACAGCACAAAUUCCGCGUGAUCUCAUAGAUGCGUCAAAGUUCAGGCAGAUACCUGAUACGCAGGAGGUGUAUGUUUGUCGGGAUUCGACAAUUUUGAAUGAAAAUGAUGCCCUAAUAAUAGAUUUAAUGGAAAGAGCAGAUGUUAAGGAUUCUGAUGCGCUUCGUUAUCAUCUUAAGGAAAUUUGCAGACUGAAUGGUGUCGAGAAAGAUGAUUCUGUCAUAUUGGAGGAGGCUCAUGAUUUGAAAGUUGUUAAUUUACCCGAUUCAUAUUGCGAUAUAGUAACAUCUGGAGAGAAUGUUAAAAAGUGGGGGAGGGAUGAUGUUCAUUUGGUUCUUAUACUAGCGAUAGUUAGGCUUUUAAGGGUAAAAACUGAUUUGUUGAUUAGUUAUAACGUACCAUUUCAUAAACCAGACGAAAUGGAAGAUUUGAAAAAAAUGUUGUCUGGAAAUAACUCUACGGCUGGUAAAGCUAAGCAAAGAAUUGACGUUGGAAGGCGGGUGGUAGCAAAAGUUCUUGAUAGCUUGAAAAUUGAAAAUUGGGCGUUGUUUAAAAAUUGA